CCCACUUGGCCCGCGCUGCCCUCGGGUCUCGGAGCCCCCAGGGUGCCCGGUUCCUGGCAGAGGCUGUUUGCAUAUCAGAGCUGUCCUUCAUUCGGAACCGAAGGUGGGUGCCGGGGCUGACCUCCUUCUAGCUCGAGCACAGAUCGUCAGGCCCAGGCCCCUGGAGUCCACAAUGCCGACGGAUGUAGAACCCUCAGUGCUGGCCAAGACCCUCCACCUUGUCUUCCUCUCCACCUUCUGGGGAAUGCAGAUUUGGGUGACCUUCAUUUCAGGCUUCGUGAUGGGCGGAAACCUCACUCGGCACACCCUGGGCUUCAUCCAGAGCCGGCUUUUCCCUUAUUAUUUCCACAUUGGCUCUGCCUGCUCCUUCUUCAACCUGACCAUCUUUGCCAUGUUCCACCCCAGGGAGCUGCUCAACGAUGAGGAGACGACCCAGCUCCUCAUUUUCUUCGUGUGCGUCAUCGUGUCUGCACUGAACGCCCAGUGGUUUGGCCAGAUGACCUCGGAGAUCAUGGCCGACAUGCACCUCAUAGAGCAGAGCUACGGACUGGGCCAGGACAUCGGCUUCUUCUCGCGCAAGUCCUACACCCGGCUGCGGGACUCCAACCCCAAAUACAGGCAGCUGUCCAGCCAGCUCAACCGUUACCGCUGCCUCUCCUCCCUCUGCAACCUGGGAUGCCUGCUGUGUAAUGGCUUCAGCCUCUGUCACAUGGCCACUAACCUCUCCACCCUGUGACCCAGGGGCUGGCCAGGACACCCAGCCUUGAUUCUUGGGGGCUGGGCCAGUGGAAGCAGCAGCCUUUUUGUGGGGAAGGACCUGGGCUGGGGGGUAUAGUGGGUGGUGUGUGGGACUUUCAGUCAAGAAGGCUCGAGUUCCAGGUCCUGCCUCAGAUACGAGCCCUGCAUUCCUGGCCAGGGAAUGACCGGUUUGCUCACCUGUAAAAGGAGGGAUUUGGACUCUGAGGGCCCUUUUGCUCUCUAGCUAUGAUUCUGUCAUCUCAGUAAGUCUAUCUACAGCCUUUUCUUAGAGGCUGAGUCCACUUCAAUGCUAUGGAAAGGCCAUUUUGGGUCAGAAUCUUGUUUCCCAUCUAUCUUCUUCUCAGAGUUUUGGUGAGUUCAUAAACAGAUAGAAGAAUGACUGCUUAAAAAACUGAAUGACGGGAAAAGUGGAUGGAUAGAUGGAUGGAUGGGCAAAUGAAUGAAUAGAUGGUGUGCCAUCCAGAGGCAAAGCUUCUUCCAUUAACCACAAAGGAUUGCAUAUUUCCAGUGUAAGAUUAAAAUUAAUAUCCAAUAACUCCAAGUAUUCUAUUUUAUAAAGUUUACUAAUAAUCACUCUGAAGUAGAAGAAAUAAAAGAACCAAAGUAUGAAAGCCUGAGAAAAUAACACGUGAGUAACUCUCCUGCCUGGCACUCACCCAACCUCCACCAGCCGCGUUACUGGAACAGCACCCCUCUGGCCUUGGUGCUCUGACUAGGCUGGAGAGAGGCCCUGGACCUCUGACCGUCCCCAACACCCUGGCGAAGCUGAGACCCUUCCUGGAUCCCCACUUUUCGUGUGGGCCUUGACUACACCCCUAGGUGGCUGCUACUCAGCAGGGUGGGGGGUGAGGGUUUUAGAUGUGGCCCCUCAUUCCAUUUUUGUCCCAUGUACCCUGGGCAGCCAGGCACUGAAGGAGACAGAAUACUAGACCUGGAGCCAGGAAGCCCCGAGUUCAAAUGU